UCUGUUUUUCCUCCGUAUUUUGGAUCCACGCAGCGCAACUACAUUUGGCUGCAAACGGGCCUUUGAUAUAAAGAACCACCACAACGCACCCUGGCAUAUCUGGAACAUUUGCAUUUGCCGCAUAGCACAUAGCAACCGACUGCGGCCUGAGCCUUAUUGUCCCGAAAGAUUCACUGGUUUAAACCGCGGAUAACCAGAGCCCAGGAUAUCCAGUCAAAGCCCAUCCAGUCAAAGCUCAGGAAAUCUAGCCAGAGCCCAGGAACCCUAGUUAAAGUCCAGGAUACAAAAGUGGCACCGCUUACUCCACUACCGUCUCAGCCAUGGCGUUCAAUCCCGUUAUGGAAGCCCGGCGCAAGCCGUCUGUGAGAACCGUUUCGGAAGACCGGGCGUCGUCGUUCUUCUCCGACUCGCAGACUUCAUGGGUGGUGUUCAACCCGGCCGAGCUGCGCCCCUUCGAUAUCUUAUCGUUGUCCACCGAACACCCGUUCACAAGCACAGAAGACGACGGAUUUCUGCUGGAGGCCCGCGAGGAUGCCGUUUCCGCCGUAGGACCCAGGAGGCACUUCAGCGGCAGCCAGAUUGCGCUGUCCCAAGUGUCGCACGAAGGCCUAAUAAACGACCUGGCGCUAUCAAGGCGCAUCAACGAGUGGCAAAAAACCACCGACACUUCUGUUUCUGACAACGUGGCCUCGUGGGACCUAGACGAGGAUCUUGUUGGCCAGGUCUUGGAGACGCCCGUGCUUCGGCGGGUGCCCGCUUACUACGGCGACGAGUAUUUCAAGAACAUGUCCAGAAUCGAGUACAUCCGGUUUCAGCGCAGCAGCGCCGUUUUGCGCCAGUCGCUCUGCCGCAACGGCGUCGACGCCAGCGACCCGGAAUUGGUCCCGCGGCUCUUGAGGCUCCUCAAGUGGCAAGACUUGUUGCGCUCGCCCGGGUCUUUGGUGGACGACUACAUAGUCAACACGUUGUCACGUGUCAACCUACGGCAGCGAGUGCAUGCGGAGACCGAGUUUUCGGACACCGCCUCGUCGUCGCCAGUCAUGUGCGGCGGCAGCAGUGGCACGUGGAACGACAUAUGACUGGGCCCACGGGUGAAUAGAGAUGGCCGUGCUCCAUGAUGUGUUUUGCCCCGGCGCUUUGCCGCAAGCCAGUGCAGGCAACUCUGCGCGUGGCCCUGGAGAUGUUUUAGUAGAAUUCGACAACCAGUCCCUCCCUGCGAUCGC